GGUUGUUUGAAAAGGUGAUUUCAUACUUAUAUAAAAAUGAUUACUUUUUCUUACGUAGCCUCAGAAUGGACCACAUUCCCCGUCUAUCAGAAGCUGUCUAUGUGGGAAUGAGUCGUGAAGUGGGAACUCCCUCUGAAGUGAGAAUCAGGAGGGACGUGAUGGACACCGCGGAGGUGGUGAGGAGAUCAGUGAAUAUAAUGAAGGGACUACACAUAAUGACUAGUGGCAGUGAACGUGAGGGAUUUAGACUACCGACAUCAGACGUAGAUUGCAUGUUCUGGCCAGGAGAUCAUAAAGUGAUCUGUGAUCUCUCUCAGAUCAGUCUGUACCGUGUCCCACAACACACCGUCAUUCUGAUGGAGUGGGAAGAUCUUCCACCGGGAUUUACCAGACUGAAGCUGCUCACUGAUUCCUAUAGUGUUAAUGUGAGAUCUUCGUGUGUAAAUCGAAAUGGAGAACAGUAUAUUUCUAGUGUUUUGUUUCGAGGGGCUUUUACCGAUUUCAAUAGAAAUUCACAUCCUGCACUUCAGUCCUGUGUACAACAUGGACCCUGUGCAUCUUAUGUUCUCGGUGGAGUACUGGAAUGUGACAAUGCUUUCUGUUUAGGGUCCGAUUACUGGCCAACAUUAGCCUCAGCAUGGAUAGAGAGAUGCCGACAAAAACGCUGGCCAUCCGAUGAUGUUUUACAUGAUAUUGUACGCUCCGGAUCCCAUGUCGUACCCAUAGGUAGUGAUCAUAACACGGUAGAUGAAUGGAGGAUUUCAUUUUCUCAAGCAGAGCAAAAACUAGUUUACUCAAUGAACCACGUCCAGUUCUUGUGUUACGGACUUCUGAAGAUAUUUCUCAAAGAAGUCAUCAAUAAUCCUAUUCUGUGUUCAUAUUUCAUGAAAACAAUUCUAUUUUGGGUUAUUCAGGAAGAUGCCUCCUUGAUAUGGACACCCGGUAAUUUAUUGUCAAAUUUUUGGCGGUGUUUUAAAUUGCUCAUUUGCUGGAUACACAGAGCUGAAUGUCCAAAUUUUUUUAUUCCCCAAAACAACAUGUUUAGAGUGAAAGUGACCGGGGCAGCCCAAUCUUUAUUGUUUGAUCAGGUGUAUAACCUGUAUUGUAAGGGGAUAUCAUGUCUUUUAUUAAGCCCCACAAUAAGACCCUACCUCAGUAGAGCCAUAUUAAACAAAACACUGGUAAUCAGAACAGAUGAAGACAGCAUGAUAUCCCCUGUAAAACUAGACAUACAUAUUUUUAGUGAAAUAAAUGAAAUUAAUUUCUCUGUAUUAGAUAUAAAAGAAUUUCCGGAUUACAUGAUAGAAAUAGAAAAAUUCAUCCGUGAAAGACAGGGGCCAUAUCAGAUAGUGAACAUUCAGAAGAUAACGUCAUCAGUAUUGAUUAACACCGCGUGGUACAUAACACAGUAUGCAGGACCGUGUAACAAAGGUGUAACAUUUAUAUCUGAUAAAGUAUGUCACAUGUUAAAGAUAGCAUCACAGAUAGGUUAUGUGUCAGAUAUAUUGUAUCUAGCUAUGUACUACUACAGAACGUUUAGGUAUGAACAAUCACUGAGAUGUUUACAGAGAACACAAGAGAGGAUGUCAGUACCCUAUGUUAUGUAUAAUAAUGUCAAUGUAGAGAUGUACAGACGCGCCAUGACGGGAGUGUCACUGAGUGAUAAAAUGAGAAAGGCUGUAGUGAGAAACAUUAAACUAUUCAGUGAGUACAUUUACAUUGAUGAGUUAUUGUUAGAACAGACAGUCAGUUACAGGAAUGGCUGGCCUGCAUUAAUCAUCCCACCUCUAGUGAUGUUACACAUGUUGUCAGUACUGAAUCACCACAGAUUACGUCAUACACUAGAGUCUCACCAAGCUCUACAGAACCUCCAGACUCUGCUACUCUAUGAUGUCGGGGUCCAUGUCCCUGUACCCCUCAGAGACAUAUCAUAUCAGAUACUGGGGAUCUGUCAACACGUGUGUGGGGACUAUGUGGGGGCCUUAAACUCUUAUCAGUUUUCACAAGAACAACAUCCUUUACACAAGAUUCAACAAGCAUCAAUUUACAGAAUACAAAGACUUAUUCAGAAUUAGUGUAGUUGAUCUUGUCCUAAAUAAUAUUGUAAUGUUACCCAAGUCAAUCAAUUAUUCAUGUGUAUCAAUGUUUUAUAAGGACGUUUAAGAUUGCAAUGUUACCAAGGUCAAUAAUUUGUUCAUGUGUAUCAAUGUUUUACAGUGACGUAUGAUGUACAGUACAGGCAGCUGCAAUGAAUCAUGUUAUAUUAAUGUAAUAAAACUCAUAAAACA